AGCACAGGGUCAAUGUUUUUAUACCAAUGCAUUUGAAGAAUGGUUUGACUCCCCUAGUUAGAGCAUGACAUAAAACCUUAACUUAUAACAGUGCCUUGGGUUUCAUUGUGAAGAUGAAUGGUUUGAUGCUUGAUGAGAACAAUGAAAACRUAAAAGAUGACAAAAAGAAAAGAAAAGCAAGACGUAAAGCACUGGGACUGGCGUACACAAUCGAUGAAAACCCCCCCUGGUAUAUCUGCUUAAUGCUUGGAUUCCAGCAUUAUUUGAUGAUGAUAGGAGGGACCAUAUCAAUCCCCAUGAUCCUUAGCGGACCGAUGUGUUUUGCUGACAAGCCGUUGGUUAUAGCAGAAGUCCUAAACACUGUAUUAUUCUGCUCAGGAAUUGUAACUCUCCUGCAGACUACAUUUGGAGUCAGAUUGCCUAUAUUGCAAGGUGGAACGUUUGCGUUCAUGGCUCCCACUUUUGCGAUUCUUUCUCUUCCAAAGUUCCAAUGUCCGGUUUCAGGAAUUACUAACUCCACCAAUAAUGUCAGCUCAACUCCACAUGAUGAUGGCGAGAUCUGGAAAAUAAGAAUGAGAGAGGUAAUUUAUAGCGCAAAUACAAUUUACAGAAACCAUUGGGGGAUUUCUUUUUUGACGAUUGCUUUGAUUGCACUGUUUUCAAUGUUCCUUCAAAACAUCAAAACACCUUUUCCUAGUUGGAAUAAAAGUAAAGGAUGGUACAUCGCCCGCUUUCCUUUCUUUAGACUAUUUCCGGUUAUAAUAGCAAUUAUAAUCGCUUGGAUUGUAUGCGGAAUUGUCACGGCUGCUGGAGGUUUCCCGGAUAAUCCUGCAAAACCUGGUUACCUGGCUCGUACGGAUGCAAGGACUAUAGUGUUAAAAGAAGCCAAAUGGUUUAGAUUUCCGUAUCCAGGUCAAUGGGGUCUUCCUACCGUUAGUGCUGCUGGUGUGUUCGGCAUGGUUGCUGGUGUUCUAGCAUCUAUCAUUGAAUCUGUUGGUGAUUAUUACGCAUGUGCAAGGCUUUCGGGUGCGCCUCCCCCUCCAAAACAUGCCAUUAACCGGGGUAUUGGUAUAGAGGGUAUUGGUUGCUUUAUCACUGGUAUUUGGGGUUCUGGUAACGGAACAACAUCUUAUAGUGAGAAUAUUGGAGCUAUUAGCAUUACUAAGUUCUAUACAGACACUAAAGCAGAUGAUGCUGACACAGAAAUAAAGUACGCAUCGUUCCGUAUCUACGACCUGCCAUUUGGUUUAAAUCGUCUCAGUUCGUUUAAAUUCGCCAAGUAUGUACCAUGUCUACCUUACUACCCAGAAAACGGACUAAAAUCAGCUGAAGAAUCCGUGAAAAUGACGCCCAAUCAAGAAGAACAAGACCCGCCGGCUGAUUGAUAGAAAUUCUUGGACAGUUUGAGAUAUGAAAUGUCAGUGUUCUGAUAAAGCCAAGAUUUUAUACUUUUGCCUAUAUUUUGUUUUUAGACAGACAGUCAAAACAGUCAAAUAUGAACUUGAACUUGUUACUCUAAUAUUAUGCCUACAUAAAAUAUUCGAUUCUGAUUGGCUAAAAGAACUGCCAAUCAUUUCUUAAUUCGUGAAUUAAUUAAUAGUACGCGAAUCUCUUGCUUUGCACUCGUGGUAUUAAUAUCCCUUUAUCAAAUACGCACGGUAUUUUUCAUUAAUUUUUCUUGAACGGUGGUAUUUCCUAUGCAAAACUCAUUGACUCGUUUUUUAAAAAAGUAGUACAUUUGAUUUUGAAGCAAAAUUAAUUUGCAACAUUGAAUUAUUGCCUUURAUAAAAAUAAUAAUUAUGGUUAUUAUGGUUAUAGAUAAAACAGGUUCGUCUUGUUCUGUUAGCCAAUAAAACGAGCGUGGAGAGCAAAC